AUGGCCUCAGCCUUCAACCUACUCACGGCCGGAGGAGCAAAAUUCGAUAAGAAUAGGUUCAAGCAGGAUUUUGAGCUAUUCGGAGGAGGGAAGAAGGAUCGUAAAGGAAAAGGGAAAGCGUCUACCAAAGCGAUCGAGACCAACACCAAAUCAUUGCCCCAUUCACUCGACUUCUUCGGUGAUCAUCCAUCUAUCAACCACCAGACCAAACCACCUAUUGCUCAGGAAGAAUCAGAAUCCGAUUCUGACUCUGACGCAUCCUCUUCUUCGUCAUCUUCAUCAAGUAAGAUAGCCCCACCAGUUCAGAAAAUAACGUUGACUGGACCAGAGCCACUACCCAAAUCAUUACAUACCAACUUACCUUCCCUCGUCAACCACCCUUCCGUAUCACUUUCAUCCAGACGAGGAGAACCAUUACUGAAAGCCUUGAAAGGGGCAAACAUCAACUCUCUAUGGGGUGUACAAUGUUCAGUCGGUGGAUGUCUACUAGAAGGGAAAGAUACGUUAUGUAUAGCUCCAACCGGAUCAGGUAAAACGUUGAGUUACAUUUUACCUACUUUGGUGAAACUGCGAGACCCCUCAAGAUCAUUGAGGAAUACCGAGAACGAAGUCAAAGGGCAUGGAAUCCGAGCGUUGAUACUGGUACCAACACAUGAUCUGGCUAUCCAAAUCUUGAACGUGACGAAAGCUGUUACGAAGGGUAGAAGCUGGAGAUCGAUGGUCUUGACGAAAGCGACCGAAAAAGCAGUUUGCGAUAGUUCACCUGGCACAGCUCUUGAUGAUUCCGAAGAAAAUGUAGAGGAGGAUGGUGAGAGGAAUGAGGACGACGAAGAUCAAAGCGAAGAUGACGAUGAGGAGUCUACGGGGAGUAUAGAUGAAUUUGCUCAACCUAAAUCUGGUAAUCCCACCGGAUUAGGAAUAGACUUCUUGAUUGCUACGCCUGAGAGGUUGCAUCAUUUGUUGGAGUCAAAGAGGAUAUCACUUGCUUUAACUCAACAUGUCAUCCUCGAUGAAUCCGAUCGACUCCUCUCGCCCGACUUCUUACCUCAGAUCGAACCUAUCUUAGCAGCUUGCACGAAUUCAGAUGUCCAAAAGUGCCUCUUGUCGGCUACGAUGCCAUCCGGGGCGGAAGAGAUUGCUAAAAAGUGGCUGAGAGAUGAAGGAGUCAGAGUGGUGGUCGGUGUCAAAGACUCAGCAGUGACCACUGUCGACCAAUCUCUCCUUUAUACAGGUUCCGAAUCUGGUAAACUCCUCGCACUCCGUAACUUGCUCUCCAACGGAUCAUUGCCUUACCCAUCUCUCAUCUUCGUGCAAUCGAUUGAAAGAGCAGACGAAUUAUACAAGAAUUUGAUACUGGAAGGUAUCAAAGUUGAUGUGGUUCAUAGUGGUAAAGGGAAAUCUAAGAGGGACCAGGCGAUAAAUAAUUUCAGGCUGGGUAAUGUCUGGAUGUUAGUGGUCACCGAGGUUCUUGCUAGAGGGAUGGACUUCAGAGGUGUCAGAGUUGUGGUUAACUAUGAUUUCCCCCAAACUGUGCAAUCGUACAUCCACCGAAUAGGACGUACAGGCCGGGCUGGUCGACCAGGAAAAGCGAUAACCUUCUUCAACCUCGAAGAUGGACCUUACUUGCGUACCAUCGCCAACGUCUUGCGAUCUAGUGGAUGCCCAGUCCCAGAAUAUAUGUUGGAUAUGAAGAAACCCACUAAGAACCAGAAGAGGUCUUUGGCAAAAGCACCGAUCAAGAGGAAAGCUAUUGGUGGAGGUGGACGAGACGUUGGACGGGAAGAGGGAAGGAAGAAGCAGAUGAUGAAGGAGGCUAGUAAGAGGCGAAAAUUGAAGACUGAUGAGUAG